UCCAGCAGCAUCGCGACCAAGCCGGAGUACAGGGAAACUACGGGCACUUGAAGGAAACCCCAACGCCGAAGGAAUUACCCGGUCGUGGAUAGCUUUUGGAAUUACCGAAGGAAUCACUCUACACACAAUAACUUUUGGGGAUGGUGAUUACAGACUGCGCGUGAUUCUUGGAGCUAUUCCUUUUGGAGAACCUGGGAAUGUUGUGGAGCUAGCGCGCUAGCCCUGAUGUCGUCUGCUAAACAUGGUGGCCAAACUGUGAACAGUGAACCCAGAGAGGGCUUUUAAAUAUUCAAGAAAUGCAGACAUUUUUGGUUGUGUUUCUAUAGGAAAUAGGGAUCGGUCUUAUUUCGUCAUGUUAAUGGAACUGGUGAGGCAAAAAUGGGCUUCAUCCAUGCUCUAAUAAGCAUUAGCUAGCGGGUGCAAGCUCGUGCAAACCCCGCUUUAAAAGUUAUUGCCAAGUUUGUCCAGGGUUGAUGCCCCAAUCUAAUAGUCGCUCAUGAAUGCUUUUGGAUAUUGGCGGAGUGCAUCGAAUCUACUUGUAUCCUUCUUACAUUCCGUGGCAACAUUGUUUCAUGCCUCAGUACUUGCAGCGUUCUAAGAUUCGACUAGCACAGUUGGUGUGUAUGUGUGAUAUAGCCUAGCCUGUAACUGGAGGAGGGCGCAGGUGUAUAGUAGUUACAAUGGAAACUGUCCCGUUAUCGAUGGCCUCCUUCGGUGGGCAAUAUCAUGAUGAAUUGGAUCAAAUCAUAUGACGGAGAACAUGGUGCGUAUUGUGUGUGUGAGUGGGGAAACAUCUCUGCAUGUGAGGCUUCGUGUGCUGUACAGUGACUAUCAGACACAAGUGCUAUGAAAUGAAUACAUUGGCGCUGCUGAAUAGACUUCUCGUAGACUUAAUUCAUGGCACCGACAACACCAACGUUGCUUUUCGAUAUAGGUAUUACCGGUAGAUCCAUUACAAAACUGGAGAACGCCGAACUUCCACUUUUUUCUUCCACUCGUCCAGAGGAAAGUACAUGGAGACUAGUUUGACAUGCCAAGGAAGGAGUUACCGUUGCCUGAGGGUUGGGAAGAGGCCCGCGACUUCGACGGGAAAACUUACUACAUUGAUCACAUCAAUCAAACGACAAGCUGGAUCGACCCAAGAGACAGGCAGACCAAGCCUCUGACGUUUGCCGACUGCAUCGGGGAUGAGCUGCCGGUGGGCUGGGAAGAGGCCUACGACCCGAACGUGGGAGCCUACUAUGUCGACCACAACACCAAGAGCACGCAGCUGGAGGACCCGCGGGUACAGUGGCAGCGGGAGCAGCAUCGCAUGCUGGAGGAUUACCUGCAGGUGGCGCAAGAGGCCCUGAGCGCCCAGCGGGAGAUCUACCAGGUGAAGGAGCAGCGGCUGGAGCUGGCCCAGCAGGAGUACCAGCAGCUCCAUCAGACCUGGAGGGACAAGGACAAGUUCACCUCACAGACCAGCCUAAACUCCAGAUCUUCCUCCAGUAGCAAGUAUGAUCCAGACAUCCUGAAGGCGGAGAUCGUCACGUCCAAGAGCAGGGUGAAUAAGUUGAAGAGGGAUCUGGCCUUUAUGAGGCAGGAGCUGCAGUAUAAGGAGCAGGGCUUUGAGACGCUGAAAGAGAUCAACCACAAGGUGUCGAACGUGUCGUACAUCUACCAGCCGCAGGAGGCGCAGGCCAUCCUGAAGGAGGUGAAGAGCAUCAGGGAGGCCAUCAGCUCUGGGGAGAAGGAGAAACAGGAGCUCAUGCAGAAACUGGCUGCGUUGAAGGAUGGUUUCCAGAUGGGGGCGGGCUCCCAGUCAGACCUGUGGGCUAGCAACACCUCAUUGGCCAACUCCAACCUGUCAAUCCCGCGCCUCUACUCUGACGCCCAAUCACAGACGGACAUCCCCACAGAGUUUGUGUCCAGCAGUAACAGACUAGCAGAGAAGGUCCGCCUCAGUCUGAAGUAUGAAGAAGCCAAGCGGAGGAUGGCCACCAUCGAGGUGCAGAUAGCCAAGCUGGACAGCGAGGCGUGGCCGGGCCUGCUGGACCCCGAGAGGGAUCGCCUCAUCCUGAUCAGCGAGAAGGAGGAGCUGCUGAAGGAGCUGCGCUACGUGCGGCCCGGACCCCACGCCCCGCACACCGACGCCCAGCGCCUGGAGAGCGAACGCCAGAGGCUGGAGAGGGACCUGCACGCCGCCAGGAGCAAUCAGAGCAAAGCACUGACGGAGAGGUUAAAACUGCACUGCAAGAGGAACAAGCUGGUGAAGGAACUGGAGGAGACGGUGCGCCUGGCAACCUCACUACACACUCAACUCAAGAGUCUGUCCGAGAGCACGUUGUCGUGUUCGUCGGGCAGCAGUCGUGGCUCCCUGGCCUCCAGCCGCGGGUCGCUGGCCACCACCUCCAGCCUGGGCUCGGCCUCCUCCCUCAGCUACACCGACAUCUACCUGGAGCAGCCCGAGCUGGCCGACCCCGACUUCCAGAGCAAGCUGGAGCAGAUGCUGGCCGAGGCGGCGGGCUCCGGGGGCUCGGGGGGACUCCCCGGCGGACCCGGCUCCGGGUUCCGACCCUCGGGCUCCAUCACCACCAUCCACGAAAACGAGGUGUCGGAAGCGGGGUCGGCCGGGUCAUCGGCAGCGGCCAUUGCUGGGACGAUGGGGUCAGCGGCAGGGGCGGGGAUACGGCUCCCCCAGGAGGUACCGGGAGGUGUGUCGUCGUCGGGGGCCGGUGGAUUGGCGUUGAGGACGCAGGUGCUGAGAGCGUCAGAGACGCCGCGCUCCAUGACGUCGCUGUCACCGCGCUCCUCGCUGUCGUCGCUCUCGCCGCCCUGCUCGCCCCUGGUGCCCGACGCCUCCUUCCUGUCGGCGGAGGUGUUCGGCUCGGGCACCGGCCUCAACAGCAACGCGCUGGCCAUGGACGCGGAGCUGCAGAGCCGCCUGGCCGAGCUGAGGCUGCUGGAUAAGAGCCAGGAGGAGGUGGAGAGAGCGGAGGAGGAGACGCAGACGGCAGAGCAGGAGGAGACGCAGACGCAGGAGGAGUCACGAGCAAACGGACCAGCCAUCACUGCAGAUGUAGCUAGAGAAGGUGCUGCUCAGUCCAGAGGGGCGGGUCCUGGGGCCAAGAGAGUGGGCGUGACCUCGGCCGUAUCUGACGAAUCAGUGGCCGGGGACAGCGGCGUCUACGAGCCCUCGGACAAGAGGCCGGGCCUGCCUGCAGAGCUGCUGGGCUACGAGGAGAGUGCAACGCUGGUCUGUUCCCAGAUCAGCCUGGGGCUGAAGUAUGAGGCCAAGGAGCAGCGCUUCACCAUCUCACUACUGCAGCUAGCCAACUGCACAGCACUGCCCCUGCCUAGCCCUGACCACCACAUGUAUGUACGUGUGGCCGUUCUUCCGUGCUCUGAGACGACUCGUUGUCUGUUCCGCACGGCUAGCGUGGUGCCUCAAGAGCCGGUCCAGCUCAACGAGUCCUUCGCCAUGCAGCUGGCCCACAAUGCACUGCGCCAGAAGACGCUCCGCGUGGACGUGUGCAUCCCCAGCGCCUCUGGCAGGGAGCACUGUCUGGCUGGGGCCCAGAUCAGCCUGGCUGAUGUGAGCUGGUCGGGGGAGAGACAGGUGAAGUGGUACAACCUGCUAAGCCACGCCCACAGCUCCAGCAUAGACAGGAAGCCACACCCACCUGAGGAGACACCUGAGGACACAACACAGAGUGCGACUCCACAGGGGCCGACUGCUGCUGCUUCUGCUGAGCAAGACUGGCCGGUGCCGGAUGGCUUUGAGGAUGAGGAGUGCAGUGACCCUGAGGGGGAGGAGUUUUAUCCUGACAGUGGCCAAUGGGACGCGGAGGAGGAGGAGUCGGGGCCAGCAGCCGCACCCACUCCAGCACGCCCACCACCCACCAUGGCAGAGAAGGUGAAUAAGGAGACCAGUAUGGAUGGUAUGCGCCACUCCUCCUCCUCCUCCUCCUCUUCGGUGGUUCGGCCCAAAGAGCGUCGCCAUGAGCUACAGCAGCAGAACCCCUUCAUCAGGGGCAACACCAUCAUCAGAUCCAAAACCUUCUCACCGGGCCCACAGAGCCAGUACAUAUGCAGGAUUAACCGCAGUGACAGUGACAGCUCCACACUGUCUAAGAAGUCUCCCUUUGUGAGGAAUGCCUCUGAGAGACGCAGCGUCCGCAUGAAGAAGCCCCCCCUGGUGCCUCGGGGUGUGGAGCACACGCCUCUGGAUCUGGAGCUGGACCUGCAGGUGGUGAAGACGCGUCACAACCGGCUGGCUGAGGAGCUGCGCGUGCUGCGAGAACUCAAGCAGCAGCUGGAGACGGCACGCCAGCAGGGACAAACAGAGCUGCCCGCCAUGGUGCAGCAGGACACACGCUUCCACAUGUUGCUCAAGCACGCAGAGAGACAGACGGCUGAGGAGCAGCUUCAGGAGCAGCGUGUGGAGAAGAUGAUGCGAGCGGCUGCCAAGGACGUCCACAAGAUCCGCGGCCAGACGCGCAAGGAGAUGCCCGAGGUCCAGAACUUCAGGGAGAAGAUGGCGUUCUUCACUCGGGCCAAGAUAAAUGUCCCUGACCUACCGGCCGACGACGUGUAGGCCAGACUGCAGCAGUCACUCCCGUCAGCCCGCCCGCCCACUCGAGCGCCCGAGUGUCUUCACCGAGUCCACCCUCCCUCCUUCCCUCACUCUCUUCCUCCCUGGCGUUUCCUUGGAGACGCUUGCCAACCUCUGGUGGUGUUAUGAAGAAGUGGAGAAUGAUGACGAUGAAUGAGCUCAUGGAGCUGAACUAGUCAUACCAUCAUCAUUAUCAUCAUCCUCAUCCUCAUCAUCAUCUCCUCCUCAGUAGCUCACAGACUUGCAAAUCCACAAUAGGUUCUUUUGGUUUUUUUUCCUUUUUAUUUUAUUUUAAAAACCUUAGCAGCAAGAUUUUUUUUAUUAUUUUGAUUUUAUUUUUGAAAAACUUAGCAGCAAGAUCUCUCUUUUUUUUCACAGAAGUGUAGCAUUGUGUUCUGUUACUAAUUGUGUGUUUAUUUUUGGUAUCCAUUAUAGGAUUGUCAUCGUCGUCAUUGUUAGGACACACAGUCGUGCUCACGCACCAGUACAUUUGACCUUUGACCUGUAGGAAGAACAAGAAGUGCUGCUCACGCGUUGUAAAGCCUUGACCAGGGGCGGCAUCACGUUCACGUUUAAGCACAAAGAUGUGAAGUUGGUAAUCGAUAAGGUACUUAGGCACUGUUUCAUGACGGAGCACUCUGUGGUGCUACUAUUUGGUUCAUCGAAUCCCUCUCUUUCUUCUCUCGGCUAGUCUUGAGCACAUACACACAGGGUUCAUUUAGCUUGUGCUAACACCAGCUAGUCUGGCGCACACUCACUGGGUUAACCACAAGCUGUUGCUAACGGCGAUUAGCCUUGUGCACAUCCAUUCAGUUCAACCUGAACGGGCAGUCACGCUAGUUGGUUUUCAGCACCUUCAUUGGGCGUAUCCAAAGAUGAUAAAAAGAGGAGCACUAAACUGUGAGUUAGCAUCUAUGGGCGCCAAGUGGGAAAUCUUCCAUCUUUGCUGUAUCCUGAGCUCAUGCUAGCACUAGCUAGUUUUCUGAGCACUUUCAGUCAAUUUAUCCUUAGAUGAUGCUAAUGCUGGCUAGUGUUGAGAGCAUACUUACUGGAUAGCAGUUUGAGGUGUUCCUAGUGUAAAGAAGCUCCUCUGGGCUCAGUCUGCUGCCUGUGCUAUGACGGAAAUGAGCGGUCUUGCACCGUUUAAGGAUCUUUGGUUCAAUCUGAGCUAUGGCGAAUGAGCGUUGGCCAGAGCCAGCCCAGAACUGGCCGAGAUGCUCAGAGCUAUGCUGGAGUGUGUUUCUCUACAGCCUUGUUGCUUACUGGAUUAGCGACUUACUUGGUUGCAAUGCAAUUUCCCAUUGGUAACCUACUAAGUUGUUAAGUGAUUAGCAAUGGCGAUGCUGGGGUGUGCUUCUCAACAACAUUGUUGCUAAGUAAGAUAACAAUUUACUUGGCUGCAAUGCUAAUUGGUUAGCUACGAUAUUGCUAACUGGUGAGCAACGAUACUUUUGAGAAACCUGUUAGCAACAAUGCUUUCGAGAAAUGGGCUCCUGGUUGUGUCCUCAGGCCCCUGUCUGACACUAUAUCUGGAAAUGAUGUGUAUGAGUGUAGUAAUGGGAUGAGAGGGGUGCACUGUGUAAUCCUCCUCUCCUCUCCCCACCCUUCUCUACCCCCCUUUCUAUGACCUUUCACCUUCGACCUCCUGACCUCUCACUGACUCCCCCUGAAGAUCCCUCUUGGUAGCGUCCACUUUAGUGCACUCGCUCACUCUCCUCCUCCUCCCUCCAUCCUCAGGUAGAAUACGGGAUAGUUCAUGCACUUUAAAAAAAGAAAAGAAAAUUCCAGAGAACGAGGGAAGGGGUACAGGGAGAAAAUGUGGACAAGUAUGGAUUAUAAGCAAUACUAUGAAACUACGGAAUUAUCUUAAAGGUCCAAGAAAAAGUCUAUUUGCUUUAGUCUAAAACGUUUCGGCGAGUUUGACCUGGAUGAAUGAGAUCCUUCACAGGGAUACAACCGUAUGAAACCUAAUGACAUCAUGAAGCAUGACAGGUUAUAUCUCACCAUGUGAACUUUGCCCUUUUGUACAGUGUGUUGACCUUUUGACCUUUACGUUGAGCUCCUUUUUACUUUUGCCCCUUUGCUGUAAUGAAGAGCUCCCCCAUCGUGUGUUCCCAAUGGACGCUCAGGAGAAUGAUUGAUGAAGAAUUCCAAGCACCUACGCUCUAUUCCGCUGCUGACAGGCAUUCCGGAAUACAAUUCCACUGGCAUUCCGCACUCCCACCAGCAUUCCUGAUGCUCACACUGACAUUCCUUUUGCUCUUACUCGUGUGUGUGUGUGUGUGUGUGUGUGUGUGUGUGUGUGUGUGUGUGUGUGU